CCUUGAGAGCGUGCCUCGCGCUGCUGGGGCGUGUCCUCAGGGGGCUAUAAAAGCAUCUGGAGGGGCGGUGGGCUGCGUUUCUCGGCUGAUUGUUGUCACUCCGUCGGGGUCUUGAGUUUCAGAAUGGCAGAAGAAUCUGCUGCUCCUUCUACUUCCGCUGACAAAACUGAGAGUAUGGAUGUGGAUGCAGAAGCCAAGAAAUACCUCGGUUUGGGGCAGAAAAAUUUGGUAAUGGGAGAUAUUCCAGCUGCUGUUAAUGCAUUUCAGGAAGCUGCUUCUCUGUUGGCUAAUAAGUAUGGUGAAACUGGAAAUGAGUGUGCAGAAGCUUACUUUUUUUAUGGGAAAUCACUUCUGGAAUUGGCAAGAAUGGAAAAUGGUGUGCUGGGAAAUGCCUUGGAAGGAGUGCAGGUGGAAGAAGAGGAAGAAAAAACAGAAGACUCAAUGGUAGAAAGUGCUGAUAAUAUAGAUGAAGAAGCAAGGGAGGAAUUAAGAGAGCAGGUAUAUAAUGCCAUGGGGGAAAAAGAUGAAUCCAGAAAAAAUCCUGAAGAGUCUCUGAUGCAUACAGGAGUGGAGAUGCAGCUGAAGGAUGUUGAAAUGGAAGAAGUUGAGGAAGAAGUAGCAGCUAAGGAAGAAAAAGAAAAAGCAGCAGCUCUGGGUGGAGAAGAUAUCACUGUUGUGGAGAAAAAGGAAGAGCAAGAGAAGGCAGAAAAGCAGGUAGAGGCAGCUAUGGAAGAACAAAAGGUCAAUGAAGUAACUACUGAGGUAGCAUUAGAAGAUGGUGCUGCUAGGGAAGAGAAGCCAGUGGAUGCAGAAGGGACAGCUGGAGAAGAUAAGCCAGUGGUGGUAGAAGAGGCUAGGGAAGAUGCUGCUGUACAAAGAGUGGUGGUUUCAGAAGAUGCAGCUGUGAAAGUUAAUCCAGUAAUAGAAGAGGCUGCAGAAGCAGCUGGGGGAGAUACUACUUUAGAAAAAGAAGUGGCUGCAGGGGAAGCACCUGGGAAAGAGAAGGUAGUUGAGAUAGCAGCUCAAGAGAGGAGAGAAGAGGAGGUAGAAAAGCAGGCAGACACAAUUGUAGAAAAGAAUCCAAUAGUAGAGGAAUUGGUAAAAGCUUCAGGUGAGUUAGAGAGAGAAUUCAUGACAGCUGUUGAGAAAGUUGAAGGCCAGGCAGAAAAAGCAGAAGAACAGCCAGCCAAAGCUACUGCUGAAAAGACAGAGGACAUGAAGCCUGCCACAGAACAGGUGGUGGUGAACUUGAAAGAGAAGGAAGAAACAUUGGAUUCAAGAGAAGGAGAACCUUCAGCUCCAAAUGAAACUACUCCUUCAGGGAGCAUCAAGCAGUCACAUGAAAUACAACCAGAAGAAAAAGCUGAAGUUCCUAAGGUAGAAAAGGAAGAAGAAAAGGAUGACGAGAUGGGAGAGGGCGAAGAGAUGGAAGGAUCAGAAGAGGAAGAUAAAGUUGAAGAGGAUAAAGAAAAUGACUCUGCAGUUGAAGAGGAUAAAGAAAAUGACUCUGCAGUCGAAGAGGAUAAAGAGAAUGACUCUGCAGUCGAAGAGGAUAAAGAGAAUGACUCUACAGUUGAAGAAAAGGAGAGUGAAGAAGACGAUGUUGGGAACUUAGAACUGGCUUGGGAUAUGCUGGAGUUAGCAAAAGUAAUAUACAAAAGACAGGACACGAAAGAAGCUCAGCUCCUUGUUGCUCAGGCUCACCUAAAACUAGGAGAAGUUAGCAUCGAAUCUGAAAACUACUCUCAAGCUAUAGAAGAGUUCCGUUCUUGCCUGGCUCUUCAGCAGAAGUACUUAGAAGCCCAUGACCGCUUGCUUGCAGAGACUCAUUAUCAUCUGGGGUUGGCCUUUCACUAUGAUAAUCAGUAUGAUGAAGCAGUGUUGCAGUAUAGUAAAUCGAUGGAAGUCAUUGAUAAAAGAUUGGCGAUGUUGACUGAGCGACUAAAAACAAAAGGGGAGGGAGCAGCUGAGGAUGAGAAGGAAAUUGUAGAACUCGAGGGACUGCUUCCUGAAAUUAAAGAGAAGAUAGAAGAUUCAAAGGAGUCUCAAAAGAGUGCAAGAAUAGCCGAACUGGCUCUGAAAGCAACUUUGGUUGGUGGAUCAUCUUCUAGUUUUCCACAGGCAACUGAAAGCAAUCCAGCUUCAGCUAUCCCAGCUGGGCAAAAAACUGAUGGAGUUCCUCAGUGUAUUACAGACAUCUCCCAUCUUGUCAGAAAAAAGACUAAACAAUUUUGUCUUCAGAGGAAACCCGAGGAAGAAACUCAACAGGGAGAUAAUGAAGCUAAGAAAUCUAAACCAGAACCGGCUGUCAAUGGUGGUGGUGAUGCUACCCCCAGUGGAAAUGUGGUUGCAGAGAAAAAGGAAGAGGAGGCAGAGGAAAGGCCACAAGUUGAAACGGUUCAAAGUGCUGUAUGAUAGAUAGUUUUAAUAUUGGACACUCCCUCCCAAGGCCAGUGGGUUUUGUAUAUAAUGUAUUUUUUCACUUUUGGCAACUUUUGUAUUCAAUAAAGAUUACUCAAACAUUUAA